AAAGGUUUAGUUGAAAUCAAACUAUGUUGAUGACUCGCUGGUAGAGGGUAAAAGAUACCCUCUUUCUCGUUCAGCGGCUGUGUUCGAACUCAACCCAAGAAAAGGCGGCGACCUAGAUUUCUUUGCCCUUCACCCAGAUUCGAUCCUCCCAUAUCAAAAAAGAAGGGCAGAUGGGUGAUAGCGGAGGGAGAGAAGGAGACUGGGCGUGCGCAGGAUGUGGUAACCGGAACUACGCCUUCCGAUCAUUGUGCAACAGAUGCAAGCAGCCUCGUCUGCUCGUCGACACCAGAACUCCGGCCGAUUCCAAAUGGCUUCCUCGUGUCGGUGAUUGGAUCUGCUCCGGUUGCACUAACAACAAUUAUGCAUCAAGAGAUAAGUGCAAGAAAUGUGGACAACCAAAGGAAAUAGCAGCAAUGGAAGCAGCAAUUGCAAUGGCUGGUGGAGCUUCUCUCUUGACACAACCUAGUUACUUUGUGAGGACUCCUCAAGGAGGAUUAUUGGAUCAAAGGUUGUUGGCCAAUGGUGGUCUCAUGAAUCACUUGCUACCUUUGAGUUCUAAUUGGCCUACGAAUGUCUUACCAUUUAAUAAUAAUAAUUGGGGUUUGGGAGGAAGAAACUUCACUGGUCUUCUUCCUCCAUUUGCAAAUCAAAGCAAUCUAGUUGUUCAAAAAGGUUGGAGAAAUGGUGAUUGGAUUUGCAUUUGUGGCUUCCAUAACUACUCUUCUCGUGCACAGUGCAAAAAAUGCAAUGCUGUUAUGCCACCAGCACUUGGAAUGAAACGAUUGGCAUCUGAAGAAAUUGGUCAUGAUUGGGAUAACAAAAGACUUAAUGCAGGGCAGGUGGGAUCUAUUACAUAUUUUUCUUAAAUGAUAUCGCUUUGUUUUGUUUUCUAACCAAUAAUGUGAAAGAAAAUCAUUUAGAUGUUUGAUCAAGUUGGUGAGGAUCAGUCAUUAGGGAUCCAACCAGAUCCUCUAUUCCCAAUGGGAAGAUCACUGUCAGCUUCAAAUUCCCAAGCUGGUCUGCAAUUUCCUAAUGUAGCUGCAAAUGGCUCAUAUUUUAUAAAAGGGGGGAAACAAUGGCGAGAUGGGGAUUGGAUGUGUUCGAAUUGUAAUAAUCACAACUAUGCAUCUCGGACUGAAUGUAACAGGUGCAAGACGGAUAAAGAUCAUCAACUGUCGGAUACUGUGACAGUUGUUGGGUAACCAUAAUAAUAUAUCAAGUGUUGAUGAAUUUUGGCUAUUCUUCUUAUAAGGAUGAAGACAGACAAACAGUAAUAAUAUAUAUUACUAUGAAACUUGUUAUUGGUUUACUUAUUGUUUUUAUUUUUAACUUUUUUUUGAGAAUGCAUAAAUUCAACAAAUGACAAAGUUUACAUAGGAGGGCAGGUUCUAGUGCUUCUUUUGCUA